AUGCAUGCAGCGAUGAUGUGAUGUCAUUUCGGAGGGAUCUGACUAGGUUGGGGACGAGGCGUGUAUUCUUCUAAAUGUUACAUGCCCUCUGAACUUAAUUAGUGAGCCCUAAUAUCCAACUGGUUCAAACUAUUUUUGUGUCAUGAAAACUAAUAGGUGAGAGACUUUUGCGUACGAUAACUCUUUUCUGUGUUGACUUUAACGCCAUCCUGUCUUUAACGAGAUCCUGUCUGCAAAGGCCUAGCUAGCUACUAUUAGAACCAUUAUCUGAAGGGUCUGUCAACUGUUGAACUGAAGAGAGUUCAAGAUCCAUAUUGACAAAGGAAACUCUCAAACUAGAUCAACUAAUAAGCACAUUCAGCUAGUCAUGGACGUAAACACAUGCUGUGAUAAUCAGAACUACGAAAUACUCGUAGAAAUAGGGGAAGGCGCUUAUGGAAAAGUGUACAAGGCCAGAGAGGUGAGCGAUCAACAGCGACUGGUUGCGGUAAAGAAGUUGAAUAUCCCAAAAGAUCCUGAUGGUGGUAUUCCUCCAUUCAUGAUCCGCGAGGUUGCCGUCUUACGUAAAAUCGAGUACUUCAACCAUUCCAACAUUGUAAAGUUGUUGGAUGUGUCAGCUGUAAUGCAGGGCAGGAGCAUGGACCUGACGCUGGUGUUUGAGUACAUUGAUCAGGACCUGUCCACAUUUCUCUCCAAGAUUCCCAACACUGGUCUAAGCCUGGACAAAAUUAAGGAUGUGACGAGGCAGCUACUGCAGGGGUUGGACUUCCUGCACGCCAACAUGCUGGUGCAUCGUGACCUGAAGCCAGACAACGUCCUGAUAAGCAGCCGUGGGGAAGUCAAGAUCGCCGACUUUGGAAUGGCAAGGAUCUACACAUAUCACAUUGCCCUUACCCCUUGCGUGGUGACCCUGUGGUACAGAGCCCCUGAGGUGCUGCUUCGCUCCAGCUACAUGACUUCCGUGGACAUGUGGAGCGCAGGCUGCAUCUUCGCAGAACUCUUUCUCUUGAGACCACUGUUUUCUGGAUACACUGAGAUACAACAGCUCCAGAAAAUAUUCGAGGUGAUAGGUUUCCCCAGUGAGGAGGAUUGGCCGGUGGAGAGUCCCAUCUCCUACUCCUCUAAAUUGGCCCCAGGUACCACCUGUACCCAGCUGCUGUCCACCCUAGGCCAGGAGGAGAAUGACCUUCUCUUUCAGUGUCUAGCGUUCAAGCCGACCAAUCGCAUCUCAGCCUCCAGAGCUCUGACCCACCCCUUCCUGCUGGGCUCCUGAGUGUGUUCCAGAACACUGGAGGACGCGGGGAGAAGAAAAUCAGGGCUCAUCCCUCAUGUGUCACUGAAAACUCUUGUGCCACAAGAUCUAACCCAACUGGGUCACGGUAUUGUUUUAUAAACAAUAUUAAGGUUAAAAAAAACGUGUUCAACAUCAUGGAUGUCUAAAUCUUAUCAUACAGUGAAUAUGAAACAAGUCUAAAAGGUGGUUCUUAUGGCAUGACAGUUUGAAUGUUGACAGUCAGUUGGCAAGUGAGUCAUUCCAAAACAUUUUCUGUGCAGUAAAUUAGUUUCUUGUUCCUAUAUGUUGUGCCUUAUCUGAAUAAUUAAUUAGAUCUAACAAAUCCACACAUUUUCCUUGUAAACUUGUCGUCAAAAGUACAUUGUUCAUUGAUUUGUUCAUGUGUGCUUUAAUUUAGUGAUGAUUUAGGGGUAAAACUGUUGCUGCUUGUAGUAAUUCAAUUCUCAAGUUACUGCAAGUCAUUGACACUUCUCUGUGCACAUACAGUAGGUCAUAUUAUUUUGCUUCUGUUCUGUUUCACCGUCUGUUGUUCUCUUGUGCGUCCAGUGUAUGAUAUUUUAAAUGGUUUUCUGGGUCAGUGACUGGUGGUUGUCAUUCCUAGGUUUAUGUAUAUACUCACUUGAAAGGUGUUUUUUUGUUACGAGGUGCUAUACAAAUUCUUGAAAAUGUGUUUUUUUGUCAUUGUUUCAAAUUGUUGUAGUUUAUGUAAAUGUUAUUUGUAAAAAACAGGUAAAAAAGGUUUACCUUUACUUUUUUUCUUUUCUUUUUUUUCUCAAAUUUGAGCAGCACCUGUUUACAGUUAUUGGCAUUGUUUGAUUUUUCACCCUGACCCUGUUAUCGGCAUUGAAUGUAUGUUUCUUGAUCUCUUUUCUAAUAAAAUAAAAUAAAAUGAAUAUUUCAA